GUGCAAUAUUUGAUAAUAAGCAACUUGUUAUCAUGAUGAAGGGAAUUCUUACUCGUUUCCUGGCGGUAGUUGCGGGUUUUGCGAUUGGUAUCCAUGCCCAAUGUCCGAAUUAUGCGCAGUACUCGCAACAAGUCCAUGAACCACUUAGUACCGGGCGAUAUGCUGUUAGUUUUCUAUUCAUCUACCCUUGAAUUGAAUGAAUGGCUAACAAGUCAAUUGAAAGCUCCCCUACCAACGUCCCUCCCCCGAAUGUCGUACCUUCAAUUCCUCAAUCGUCGAAGAAACCAUCACCCGAAUGGCGACCAUAAUCAAAGACCCCGACCUCUUCCGGCUCUUCGAGAACUCCUUCCCCAACACCCUCGACACGGCCGUCAAAUGGCGCGGCGUCGCAGCCGACAACAGCGCCGAAGAACUAACCUUCUUGAUCACCGGCGACAUCAACGCCAUGUGGCUGCGUGAUUCCGCAAACCAGAUGCAAUCCUACCUCUCUCUCGUCCAAGCAUCCGACUCGAAAGAUUCCCUCGCCAGUCUCUAUCGCGGGGUGAUUAACCUCCAAGCACGCUACAUCCUCCAAGCCCCAUUCUGCAACUCCUUCCAACCACCCGUCGAAUCCGGCAUCGGGCCCUCGCAAAACCAGCAGAAUCCAGAUAUCUUCACGCCACCGGUGCCUACCAGCAUAGCCUUCGAAUGCAAAUAUGAACUCGACUCCCUGGCCGCAUUUCUGGAGAUCUCGACGAAUUACUACGAGGCGACGGGGGAUCUCGAGUUCUUUAGGAAGUUCAAGUGGGUGGAGACGAUCAAGACGAUUCUGAAUACGACGGAGAGUUUGCUGAUUGGCACGUAUGCGAGGGAUGGGAGUGUGAAUACGAUUCCGUAUACCUGGAAGCGGAAUACGGAUUCGGCGACGGAGACGCUGGAUAAUAAUGGGCGGGGGAAUCCGGUGUUGGAGGGGACGGGACUCGUAAGAUCUGCGUUUCGACCUUCUGAUGAUUCGUAGGUUUUUUUUUCUUUGUUUUUUUUUGAAUAUGAAGGAAAUUAGACUCUUGAGAUUUGAACUCAUAGACUGACGAGGAGGGGGGGUCUAGAACGAUCUUUCAACUCUUCAUCCCCGCCAAUAUGAUGUUUAGUCGCUACCUAGACACCACCUCCGAAAUCAUGGCCCAGAUAGGCGACCAGAGAAAUCUAGCAAACCACAUGCACAAUUUCGCGCAGAGAAUCCGGGAGGGAAUUACCCAGCACGGAAUCGUGAAUCAUCCCAAGUUUGGACAGAUCUAUGCUUUCGAAGUUGAUGGAUAUGGUAGCCGUAUGUUCAUUCCUUUCCAUCCCCCCAGCUCCCUUUGCGAUAUUGUGAAAACGAAGUGAAGAGGCUGAUUUGCAUGGAUACAGAAAAUAUCAUGGAUGACGCUAAUAUCCCUUCCCUCCUCUCCGCGCCCUUUUUCGGAUACACGAAUACCAGUGACCCCAUCUACCAAAACACCCGAAAAAUGAUCCUCUCACCCUACAACCCGUAUUACAUGAAAGGACCCGUCAUCAGCGCGUAAGUCCCCCCUUACUCCCCCUUUCCCUCAUCUAUAACCUCGCUAACCCCCUCACAGCGUAGGAGGACGUAAGUAAUCCCAUCACACAACUACACAAUAGCCACCCAACUAAUCUUCCAUCUAGCCCACGCAGGCCUCGGCCUCGCCUGGCCCAUGUCCAGCAUCAUCCAAAUCUUCACCACGUCCUCCACCUCCGAGAUCAAAGACUACCUACACCAGAUCCUGAGUUCGGCCGAUGGACUGGGCUUGAUUCAUGAGAGUGUGAAUAGUUUUGAUGCGAAGAAGUGGACCCGACAGUGGUUUAGCUGGGCGAAUGGCCUUUUUGGACAGUGUUUGUUGGAUCUGGAGAAGAGGGGACUGGGAGGUGUUUUGGGGGCGAGCUUUCAGGGUGGAUAUGGUAGAUUAUUUGGGUAG